CAUCCUCACUCUCAUCCUCACCCUCAUCCCUUUGUUCAUCCCGAAAUGAAUUACAAUAGGCAAAACAACCCUGACUACAACAUCGUGGUCGACGUUGACGACGAUGAGCCGGCACUCGAAUUCCAGGACUUUGCGACCACCAAUCCACACACAGGCCGCCUGAACAACAACUCGUCGGGCUCUGCUCCGCCACCACCGCCAUACCAGGCCCCUGGAGCCACAUCUGCGGCAGCCGCCGGGUCGCACUCCAUUUGGCACACGGAAUACUGGACGCAAUACUUCAACGUGGACUCGCAGGACGUCGUGCAGCGGAGCUAUUUGGCGGUCAUCCCCAAGGACUCGUUCCUCGAUGUCUACAACGCCAACCCGGAUCUCUGGGGCACCUUCUGGAUCCCAACGUCUGUCAUAUUUAUUAUCUUUGUCACCGCCUCUCUGUCACAAAGCAUAGCUGCGGCCCUGGCGGGCAAGCCACACCAGUAUGACUUUACAAUGCUGAGCUUUGCGACCUUCACCAUUUACAUUUAUAUCCUGUCUGUGGGCGCGUUUGUCUACGGAGCGACAAAGUAUUUCGGCAGCCAGCCCGGUCUUUUGGAAUGCCUCAGCGUCUACGGCUAUGCAAUGACCGUCUGGAUUCCCAUUUCCGUCCUGUGUGUCCUGCCUUGGGAUUGGUUCAGGUGGGCUAUGGUUGCCGUUGGGUUUGUAUCCUCGGGUGCCUUCAUCAUGCGCUCUGUUAACCAGAUUGUCGGCAGGUCUGGCGGCAAGCUUCACAAGGCUAUUAUCCCGCUGAUCCUGAUCGCUCACGCGUUGCUUGUCAUCGUAUUCAAGUUCAAGUUCUUCAGCUACUCGGUCGACACCGCCGCGCCUGGUGCUGGAAGUCCCACCACUCCAGCUCCGGCUCCCGUCCCCACUUGAUCCAAAAUUGCAAGUCUUUUUUUUACUCACUUGCAUUCAUCCUUUUCAACAACAAAAAAUAAAUGGCAAGGUCAACAUAAACGCAACA